AUGGAAGUACAUGCGGAGGAGUAUGUCGACUUGUGCAUCUCAAGGGCCGACGCCAACUCAGAUGGAAAGAUCGACUUGGAUGAGUUUGUCCACCUUCUUGUCCUCCACCUGCCAGACGCUCGUAUUGCGGCAGAUGCGGAGUUCGUGACCAAUCCACAGGAAUGCCUCAGGCGUUGGUCCCAGGAGCGAGCGCAACGGCUCGCGAAGAGGGUUCUAAAAGCCACUUUGGACCGCAUGGGCAUGCAAAGACUGGCGAUUUGUACAAGCGUUACGCUUGGUGCUGGCAUGGUUGAAGCCAUGCUGCUGGUGAAUUGGUCACACCCGGCUGCCUUUCUUUUCCUCCUGCGCUAUGCAACAGAACAGCUUCUACCAUCUGUUGUAUGGUUGACACAGGAUCCUGCUCUGGUUGCCAAUGCCAUGGGGUACAGCGCUACAGAAAUACUGCUUCAGAUUGAUGACCCAGUUGAGAAAGCUUCAAGGCUGCUGGCAGCUGGACAGUGUCAUGCAGUGCGCUCAGUAGCAGCUGGAUUUGGAUUGCUGGGUCAGUUGUUCCGGUUUGCCCAAAUAACGACGACUACCAGGAAGCAGUUUGACGAGCGGGUGGAAAAAGGUGAAGAACCGCCCUUGUCCUCCGGUCCCGAGGAGCGGGUCAUUCGGCUCUGUGGCGACUUCUCUUUUGCUACAUACACGACUGCAUCAAGAAAGGGGAAGUAUCACGUCCUGCCCGUUCUAGACCCAAGCAGCAUGAGAAUGCUGGCCGAGAAAAUUACAUUCGGCUUUAGAUAUCCCCUCUUCCUCGGCGUGAAGACCAAGCUUUGGGGACAGCCGGAACAGAAGAUUUUCUGCCUUGAGGUGGACGGAACGGAGAGAACAGAGAUCCUGCUCUUUGGCCGUGCCCGGAAAAUUGGAAUUGCGCAAGCAAGCAACGCCUUCCGCGCCAUCUCUGCUGUGGUAAUCCAAAGCCUCUCAAAGCAAGGCGUGGACAUAUCGUCAAUUCGUUUGCUGCGGGUGUAUUUGGGCGACAGCCACGAACUUGCAGUGACAGGUCCUCGCACCUAUUUCCGACGACCCGUUUCCAACCUUCUGCUUCGAGACCAGCUGUCCGGUGACACUGCCCAUGUGGUCGACCAAGUGUCAGCAGUAAAGGUCCAAAAGUCGAUGGGCCAGCCGCUGCCCAGGCUGAUUCACUAUCCAUCCACAGCAGAGACAGUGAAUGCGGCUUACGCCCUAGCACGCCUUGACAAGAACAGCUGCGACCCGAAGCAGACGCUCAUUCUGUGCGAACGAGAUUGGGGAGCGCAGCAGGUCAGAGAGUUGAAUGCUGGCUUCCAGGUGCUGUCUGCUGCUGAGAUCAUUGAUGACUUGCUUCGCGAGGUUCGCCAAUGGGCGCGGCAUGGCUUUUCAGGCCGCGAGAUUCAAUCUGAACUCGAUCGGCGUGACGCUGUAACCCUGAAGCUCCUCAGGAGUGCCAUGCACGCAAGCGCUUCCAGUGUACAGAAGUGA